UACAGUCUCACAUAUCCAAUACCUUCCACCUCCAAAGUUUACUUAACAAGUAGUUCUUUCCUCCAAUUAUUCACUCAAGUCAUCAUCAUGGGUGUCUUCACUUAUGAAUCUGAGUUCACCUCUGUCAUCCCACCAGCCAGGUUGUUCAAGGCCUUCAUCCUUGACGCCGACAACCUCAUCCCCAAGAUCGCUCCCCAGGCAGUUAAGAGCACUGAAAUUCUUCAAGGAGAUGGAGGUGUCGGAACCAUCAAGAAGAUCAACCUCGGAGAAGGAAGUGAAUACAGCUACGUGAAGCAUCAGAUCGACGGCAUUGACAAGGACAACUUUGUGUACAAGUACAGCAUGAUCGAAGGAGAUGCUAUCUCAGACAAGAUUGAGAAGAUCUCCUACGAGACUAAGUUGGUUGCAUCUUCCGACGGGGGAUCCGUCAUUAAGAGCACCAGCUGCUACCACACCAAGGGUGAUGUCGAGAUCAAGGAAGAGCAUGUUAAGGCUGGCAAAGAAAGGGCCGCUGGUCUGUUCAAGAUUAUUGAGAGCCACCUUGUUGCCAACCCUGAUGCUUACAACUAAGAACUCUGUCCUAAUAUAUAUAGUACUGGCUGGAUUAUGCAUGUUAGAUAUAUCCAUAUCGAUAUGCAUGUAUCGUCAUUUCUAUGUUGGUGUGGCCCUUCAUUUUCGCUUUUCUUUUGGUGUGAAGUUGAUGGUCCGAAGUUGAUCAUGUAUAAUGAAGAGUAAUAUAUUUGCAUUUGAUUUUAAUCUCAAUAAAAAAACAAUAAUCAUUUGAUA